AUGGAUAAAGAACUGGUUGAACUCAGCAUUGUUGCAAAUCUUCUUUCGAUGAGUCUUAGGGUUCUCUUGGUGCUUAGAAAUGUGAAUAAUUUGACAUAUUCUCUGCGCAUUCAUGAAAUCGAUAGUAAGAUUGAGAGUCAGGACCCGAGCUUGAAGAACUUGGAAGGCAUAAUUUCUGAAAGGGAAAGUUUUGAGCUUUGCGGUCCUUCACACUUAACUAACAUUGACUGGACUAAUCCAGAUCACCGAAGAUCCGUUGCAGCAUGCUUGGUUCAAGGAGUAUACAUCUUAGAGCGGGACCGUCAAGAAAACCGUCAAGCAUCAAAAGCUCUCGCUCCUCCAUGGUGGAACUUCUUCCAGUUUGACUUACACAGUCAACUCAUAGACGACGCUGAUUCAUGCAUCUUCGGUGCCAUCUACAAAUCCAAACACCCACCUUCACAACACACCCCGUCUUACGUCAUCGCUUUCCGUGGCACGUUAAUCAAAGGCAACGCGUUCUCACGUGACUUGGAACUCGACAUCCACAACAUAAAAAACGGAUUGCAUCUAACAUCAAGAUUCGAUAUCCCACAAUUUCUCAUGUGA